AUGUUGGUACAAGGCGCGGGUCGAUUCUCGCAAGGCUGGAGGAAACGUGAAGUGACGCUCGUAGACACUCAGCUAUGCUACGUGCUCCGUGAAGACGAAACUCUAUUUCUAAAUGCGCACACAUUUCCAACGGUCAGCGGCACUGAAAUGCCCUCGUCAUUGCCUUUCACGAUGUACAAGCCUAUACGCCUCACUGCUGCCAUCGCUGGCAGGCGAGGGCGUCUUUCUCCUCUUCCCUACCACACACGAUGCCCGCCUCAAGGACUUCUCGCUCUGUCUACCACAAAGCUCAAAUCCAGUGUCCUGUCACAGACGCAGCAGGUUGAGGAUCGACAACGCAGACAAGAGCGGUACAACGCCAACAUUGCAGGGCUGAGCACCGAAUCUCAAACGCUACUUGCAGACAUGCAACAUGAAGCUGUAGACAGCACGAGCGCAGGCGCGGAUGAUGUUAUGGGCACCAUGGACGACGACUUUCAAUGGGAAUCGGUCCCCGAUGACCUCAGAGAUAACGACACAUUUAUGCUUGCUGUGCGAGACAUUGUCGGUGGCGUGUAUACAAAGAUAGCCGUGGAUGGCGGGCAACGCCUUGUCCGCCUUCACGCAAAUUGGGCACCGAUCAUCAGCGCACUCACUUUCCGGGUACCUCAAGUGGAAGUAUUCACCAUCUCCGCCUUCAAUGCAUCCACCAUUGAAACCCCUGCAGAAGCACUGGUCUUGAGCGGUUAUCUGGGUGCUACUCCCCAUUCUCCAACCAUUGCCAUUCUUUGUCAACACUCGAGCUUUACAGGCGUCUGCGCCUGCGUAAACCUUCACUCAGCGUUGAGGCGUUCACCAAGGUACUUUGGACAGCACGAGCGCAGGCGCGGAUGA